GUAUGAUCAUAAUGGAUAACAUUUUUUUUUUUUUUCAUUUAUACAAAAUCUCAUGAAAAUUAAUUGUGUUUUUUUUCUCUUUUUGCAAGAUUAUACAAUGGAGAACAGAGCUCACCAGGAAGAAAUACAUGAAAUUAACAUAAAUGUUGAAACAUUGGUAAGCAACAAGUUUGAAAAAGAUGUAUCUGCUAAUCUUGUAAUGCCUUCUCUAUGCAGCAUUUUCAAAGUCCCAAACAUACUUUCAAGGCACAACACAGCUGCUUUUACACCAAAUGCAUUUUCCUUUGGCCCUUUCCACCACAACAACAACCAACUCAAAUCCACAAAGAAAAUCAAACAAAAAUAUUUGCUUGACCUAGCCACUCGUCUCCCCGAACCAAAUCCAAUUUUGUUCAAGAAACUAACCAGAGUUGUUCAUGAGAUUCAGAGUGAAGCUCGCCAGUAUUAUGCAGGGCCAAUUGAUAUGAAAGAAGAUGAAUUCUUAGAGAUGUUGGUGCUUGAUGGUUGCUUCAUCAUAGAGCUUUUUCGUAAGAAAUCGUAUCCAAAUCUCAGAGGAGAAGGUGACCCAAUAUUCUCCAUGCCUUGUUUACUCCAAUUUCUUUACCAUGAUCUCAUACUACUAGAGAACACUUUAGAAUUGGCACCAGUGAUGAGAAUAUCAUCAACGUACACUAAAACAAGUAAGGGACUGCCAUUUGAAGUGCUGAAAAACAAACUGCUAUCUGAGACAGAAUUGGUGAAUCCCCAAGCUAAUAAUGCACUCUUGAGCUUCUCAUACCAAGCUCUAGAAAGAAGCAUUUCUUGCAGCAGCAGGGGCUGGGAGAUGCUGUUUGGGCUGUGGAAUCUUGUGAGUAAACUUGGGUGCUAUUUGGUAGAGGCCAUCUUUAAGGGCACCCUGAAGAAGAGGGAUCUUCGAUUGAUUGUCCUUGACAAAACACAAAUCAGGAGUGAAUUCAACAGUGACAUUGUUGUCACGAGAGCUUUGAUGAUGAAGGUUGUUGUUAUCUUGGGUGACAUGAUGAGAGGCUCCACUAUCAAGAAACCAGGAGUCAUCUGUGUUAGAAGUUGUUGCAGCAACAUGUGCUUGAGGGUGGUUGGGGGCAGAGGGUGCAUCAUUGUCAUCAGGACCAUUGUAGGAGAUAUCAAAUCGUCUGUAACAUUUCUGAACUGUGUGACCAAUUCGUCCACAGAGUUGGCAUGUAGGGCGAUUAUUGUUCUCGAAGACCGUCUGCCAGAUUUUUCAUUUUCAACAGUGCCAAACAGUUGCUCAAGAGUAGUCCAAAUUUCAGAGGAGGUAGCACAAUUUACCACAUGCCCAAUCAUAGAUUCAGAUAUGGAACGAUUGAAUGAUGAGCUGCUUCACCGGAGGAGGUCGCCAUGGAAGUACACCUUCAGCUCUGGUACCAAGUUGAGUUACAAGAAAGAUGAAAACAGAGAGAGAAGCAAGAAGAGAAAAGGAAUUCUUUAUUCAAUGUUAUGUACUGUUAUGAUACAAGAGUUGCUUCCUAACCAUAUGGACUCUGUAUCUCAACAAAAAACUCUAUUUGAUCUUACCCAAACUAGUACUAAUUCAUCCACAGAUGAGAACAAGCCUCAGCCUCUUGUCAAAUUGGUGAUUGAAUUUUUUGGUAACAUUUUCUCAUCCAUACCAAUUCCAAUUGAACCACUUGUUUCUAACAACAACAACACACUCAAACACAUUCUUGAUUUGUUAAGGGAGUCAUUAGUUUUGAACUCUGACAAAACAAAACACAAAAGUCUUGAGUGGGGGCCUAUGCCCCCAGCUACAGAUCUUUGGAAUUCUGGUAUAAAAUUCAAGGUAAACAGUACAUCAAAGUCUCUAUUGGAUAUUAAAUUUUGUUCCAAAACAGGUGUUAUGGUUAUCCCAGAACUGCUCAUUCAAGAGACCAGUGAAACAGUGUUUAGAAAUCUCAUAAGCUUGGAGCAAUGUUGCCCAAAUUGUGAGCCCAUAUUCACUUCUUAUGCUUUUCUAUUGGACAAUCUGAUCAAUGGGAAUGGUGAUAUUGAGGUACUUUGUAAAAGUAAGGCUAUUGUUAGUUGGUUGAAUAUUGAAGAUGCUACAAAAUUGUUUAAUAGGCUCUACAUUGACACUUUUGUGAAAGAGAAUUACUACGAUUCACUUAUAAAUGAAGUGAACAAAUAUCGUCAUCUGAGAUGGCCAAGAUAUCGAAGAGUGCUUACGCGUGACUACUUUAAGCACCCUUGGGCACUCAUUUCAGUCAUUGCUGCUUCCAUUGCUCUCAUUCUUACUUUCUUACAGACUCUCUAUGCAAUUCUUGGAAAAGACAACUAAUUAGUACGUAUAGUCUUAAUCUUAAUCUUAAUCUACCUACCUAUGUAUUUUUCUACUUUGAUUAAAAGA